AUUUAAUUUCAUGGCUUAAUGUGUUUCUUUUCUAUUGAUGUUUAGUGUUACAUUGUUCGUAACGUUACUGUAAAUUACUAGAGAAUUACUUUAUUAGAGAAUUGUGUAUAGAGUGGAUCUUUAUAACAAGAAAAGGGUUUCUAAAAAAAUAAUAUCUUUUGCAUUUCACCCAUAGCUUGUUUCCUAGUCUAGCUUUCUACAUCAGAAUCUGUGACAAAUUUCUUAUGUUCCUCUAUUUAGAAAAGAGCUUCUGCUAAAUGCUUUAUUGUAACGUUUGUUAAUAUUUGUCUUAUUAGUUUAUGUAUUAAUUAAAGAAUAUACCUUAUGCCAUUUCAUGCUUAUAAAAGCUUUGGUUACAUCAACAUUAGCAAACUUCCUAUAGAGAUGUUUUAUGCUAGAAUUAAUUCAAUAACUUCUUUUUGAAUUUGUCAGAUCUGGUGCCCCUCCCAACGCAUCACCAAUAAAUACUAGGAAUAUUCCCAUCAUCCUACAAGAGAAGGACAAACUCCAGAUAUUAAAGCGGAAAUCUGUGUGACUGUUAAAGAUGGCAUUUGUUGAAGUGGAGAUUGAAGACAUGAGUGAUCCAGAACCAUCCAGAACGAAUCAUGAGGAUACUGAGGAACAAACAGAUUGGAUGGAAGUGAAAGAGCAAAGACAAGAACUGAAUGAAGCGGGGGAGGAACAUUGUAACUCGAAAAAGCUGCACACCUGCUCUCAGUGUGGAAAGAGUUUCAGACAUAAAUCGGCUCUCAGGAAUCAUCUGACCAUUCACUCUGGAAAAAAGCCAUUCGACUGUGAUCAGUGUGAUAAAAAAUUUAGCUCAUUGUCACAUCUCAACAAACACCUAAAAAUUCAUUCAGACGAAAGGCCUUUCUUGUGUACUGUUUGUGGAAGGAGUUUUGCAAGGCGGGACAGUUGUAAACAGCACCAGAAAAUACACAGUGACGUGAGAGAUCAUGUGUGCCUGAAGUGUGGGAAGAGCUUUACUACGGUUGGGCAACUGAAACAACACCAAAUCAUUCAUACUGGAGAAAAACCUUACAAGUGCUCAUAUUGUGACAAAAGUUUCACUCAGCCUGGAAACCUGAAAUCACAUGAGCGAGUUCACACCGGAGAGAAGCCGUACCGCUGUACUCAAUGUGAGAAGAGUUUCAAAGAUGCAAUCGGUCUCAAAAGUCAUCUGUACAUUCACUCUGGAGAAAAGCCAUUUAUCUGUGAUCAUUGUGGUAAAGAUUUUAAUUCAUCAUCAAAUCUGAGAAGCCACCUGAAAGUCCAUACAAAUGAGAGGCCUUAUGUGUGUUCCUUCUGUGGCAAGAGUUUUUCAGUGCAGGAAAGUUGUAAACUGCAUGAGAAAAUACACACCGGUGUGAGAGAUCAAGUGUGUUGCGAGUGUGGGAAGAGCUUCGUUACACGUGGCCAGCUGAAACGGCACCAGAUAAUUCAUACUGGAGAAAGACCUUUCAAGUGCUCAUACUGUGAAAAGAGUUUCUCUCUGUCUGCACACCUGAAAUCACAUGAGCGACGCCAUACUGGAGAGAAGCCGUACCACUGCGCUCAGUGUGGAGAACGUUUUAAACAUUCAAACUCUGUAGCAAAUCAUAUGAAAAAGCACUUUCCAAAGUUUCACAAUGAGCAAAAUCCAUCCAUCCAGUUAGUUAGUUUUUAGUGCUUUAUUGGCAUGACUAAUAUUAUACAUUUGUAUUGCCAAAGUAAUUGCAGUGUUUCUGCAUUCAAUUAAAGGCACAAUAUGUAAUGUUUCGCCACUAGAGGUCGCCUGUUCAAAACACAGAGACGCCGAGAUUGAGCGCAGAAUCAUGGGAGAUGUUGUCUUCACCUCACAGCUGGUGGAAAAGAAUCCAACGGGACUCAGGCAGAGAUCAUAUUGAUGGAUGAGAGUGCUGUAGGAGCAGAAACGAGGCUGCUGGAGUGAUUGUUAAUGAGAAACAAGAACGACACGUGGCUCGAGAGAAGCAGGACUUUUAUUAUGCCACAGUUGUGCUUCUGCUUCUUCUGGUCAAGCGUAUGUGGGGUAACACAGAGCUGUUUAUCAUAUUGGAUACAUUUGAGUGUGUUGAAAAUUAUGUUAUAAUGUUACUC